GGCUGAAUGAGGUCGAUGACAUCAAUCUCUUGCUCUUCUGCAGCAACAGUUUGCUCAUGGAGUUCGGUAUCCUCUUCUGUGAAGGCAAGCAUGGUGAAGUCUUUAACAAAUGAGUAUGUGAAGGCUGAUAUAGCUGGGAAGGUGACAAGCUGAACUGUCCUAACUGCCGGUUGAAUCAAAGUUCCCGCUAUUUAUUAUCUGUGUAAUCUAACACUGCUUGAUAGUGAUUGGCUAUCACAAGGAUCAAAGGUUUGGGCUGACCGAGGUUCCCGUUCAGGUCCGCAGGCAGUAUCUUGAAGCUGAUUGGUUGACCAGGCAAGGUUGAAGCUGAUUGGUCUGUUUUCGAUCCUAUUGCUGAAGUUGCUCCUAGGUAGUUCAUAUAUAUAGAGUGGCUUGGUUCAGUUAUGCUUUGUCCUGCCAAAUCACUGGGUAGUAAUAGUUCUAUACCCUAAUUUACAGCUAAGUAGGUUACUCUCUGGGCUGCUAUCUGCUGAUUUUGACAAGACUCAGCUUUCUAAUUGAAGGUAAACAUUGUUAUGACCAUAGGAUAGAGAUUGGUGACAAAGGAUCCGGAUAUGGCUGGUAAGAACAAUUAGCAGUAUCUUUGUUUAUAUAGAUAUCUAAAUCUAAACGAGAGUUUGUCCAAUGUUACAAGGAUAUUGAUACAUUGCCACCGACUGAAGUUGAAGAUGAAGCUCAUGGAGUAGCUCAGCACAUGCUUUGGGCCAAGAGGUUGUCGAAUGUUCAUGAUAUGGUUGAAAAACACAACAAACCUGUUUUAGCGGGCAAAGUGCAACCUGAUGAUCGAGUGGCUGGUGAGUUCCUGGUGCGAUUAUUUCCACCUGGGUCAAGGGGGACAGUGAGCACUGCAGUUUGCAACAAGGUAGUCCUUCCAAGGUUUUGUGGCAUGGUGGUUCGUUCUGCUGACACAGUAAUGGCGUCAUGUUUACCUAAUGGUCACAUUACAAACACUAAUACAGGUACUUUAGUUGAGAUCAGAAAAAUUUUAUCUGUUUGCUGUGGAGACUUGCACCAAGUAGCUAUGGAAGCAGACACGUACAGAGAGUUGGGAGUGCACACUCAAACUGGGCUAAAGGCUGUUUGUGUACAUCAAACAAAGGUCAUCCUUCCUGCUACGUGUCUCAUUCGUAAGACUAUUUUAUUACCUUUGCAAGAGGAUGGAGGUCAUCAACAUUGUUAUCUUGUUCUGGAUUUCAUGCGACCGUACCCAAUCACAAGGAGUUUUUCAGUUAUUGUGCCAAUACAUCUUAAAGUUCAUGACAUGGUUAUGAUCAUGGGAGACAAUGACCAGCAAUGGUUUGGCCAAGUUGUGGAUUGUAACUGUGUGGAUCAGGAAAGGUCAAUUAGAGUAGCUUUCUACAUUCAAAGUCGAAGACGGCAGGAGUGUUAUGAAAGAGAGAGUAGGCAUGUGGACAAAGUUUCCAGAAGAAGUAUCAUUGGCCUUGCCAAAGGUACAUGGACAAACAAUGGCAAAGAAUGGAUUCCAGACAGUGCAUGGCAGUAGCUUUAUUCUUACAACAAUUGCUGCAUAUGCUUAUUGCUAGUCUAUCUAGUGUGUGUGUGUGUGUGUGUGUGUCUGUGUCUGUGUCUGUGUGUGUCUGUGUGUGUCUGUGUGUCUGUGUGUGUCUGUGUGGUGUGCACAUAGUAUGAUAGGUGCACAUCUACUAGUAGUGCUAUUGGCUAAACUUUCUAAACUUGGAAAUGAAAUAAAACAAUUUAAAUGUGGCAAAAUUUAACGUUUCUGUCAGUCAGAAUCCCACCCCAACACUUCUCCUGGUGUAUCUGGCAGUGUUUCAACCUUUCUUAUCUUCAAAGCCCUCGGACUUCCAUCCACAGGCGGACAGAAAGGUGUGCUUAGAUCCCAGAAGCCCGGAGGUGUUUUGGGAGGUGGACGGCAUGGAGCUUUGUGACGAAGGCACUUCAUCACCGCUACUCGUUGCUCUUCUGUUUGGAAGGAACGCACAAACUCUUCGCAACAAGGACACGUAUGCUGUAUCCACUUCCUUGAUUCA